AUGUCCGAGCCAAAGUCAGAUAUCAAUCGCACUUUACCUCUACGAACUUCUAUCUCCAGUACCACCACUGAUGGGUCGGGACUCACAGAGUCACCGGUCAAUCCAAUGAUCACCAUAUCACCUACAGAUGGACCCCAGAAGCUCGCAUAUCUCAGUCCAAAUGGGUAUGACGCAGACGAGAUACCUAAAAUACCAGGUCUCGAGGCUGGAUUCUGGGAUCUGUCCGAUGAGAAAUUGCUAAAUAGACUGGAUGAAUCGGAGUAUGACAAGUGUCAAAAAGAUUUUUCAACCGAUCUUGAAGGGCAGAUGGAGUUGUGUGGAUUAUCGAGAUUUGAUGGCAACCUAUUAGAGCUUUGUGCGGGAGCCAAACGAACUUCCUUGCAGUAUUCAGACGGUCAUCCCGAUCCCGCUCAAUGGUCAAUUGCGGAUAAUGAUUUCAAUAGUAUUUCACAUAAAGUCAUUGAAAAGAAUGAUAAGUUCGGUCCUAUCGCAGAUUCAGUAUUUCUCGUGGCCACGUCGUAUAGGUCUGAUCCAGCUGGUCAGAAAUACAUUGAUUUUGCAAAUAAAUUGGUUGUAGCCUGUCAGAGUGAGGGGUCGUCUGUGCACAGGCGAUUGCAAUCUAUCAAAGAGAGGGUAUCGAAUUAUCAACGAUAUCAUGAAGAGAUACUUGUCACCUCGAGUAGGCACUCACAAGAGAGUGAAAGAUCCCACCUUCGGGAUCCAUGCCAAUCCCGCUCUACCGAAUCUUACAACACCGUUGAGAGAGGUAGAAAAUUGAGUAUUUCACAAGGUGAUAAUACCAAAAAUCCAGAGUCGAGAUCCCGUUCAAGGUUGAGGGAUAUUUUCAAUACCGAUAAUCUACGUCGAUCUACCGCAUCACUAAGAGAUAGGUCUCGGUCUCGUUCGAUCAAUCAUGAGAAUCAUUCGUUGAUCGCUCUCACUCAAAAUACUUUGAAAUUGACAUCGGAUCUGCAGAAGGGUAUGGACGAGAUGCCUUCUAGGCUGUGUCAGCCUUUAGAGAGGUUGAUCGACGCUUUGAUGUUUGAAGAUGGUGAUGAACCGGAUCCAAUCUUUAUCAACUAG